AGACAAUAUUAUCAUUACUAUGAAGCGGUUAUAGUACAGUAUAUCAUAGUUCAAUCAGUUUCAGUUGGCUAUUAUAUAUAUAUAUGUACAUAUAUUAUAGUUAUAUAUAGACAGUAUAUAUACAUAUACAUUGAAUAUAUCCACACAGAUAUAUAUGCUUGUAAUAUUUCCAUGAACUGAUUUUAAAUAAGUAGAGGCAGUAGGCGACACUCUAUACUCUGUUCCUGAUUAAUAACUGACAAAGAUGGCUACUCUAGAGUGCAAGGACGCGGUCUCCCCAUCCACAGUAACAGCUGACACAAACACAGCUAUGCAAGUGGAUAGUAAUAACACAGUUGAGGAGAUAGAGGGCUUACCGCAGAAGCGCUAUUACCGCACACGUGCACACGCUAACCCCUUAGCAGACGAGUUCUGGGAAUAUCCCAGUUCACCAAGUGAGGCUGACUGGAAUGGCCACUAUCCGAGGUACUGUGCUAUCCCUGGUACAAAGGAAGAAGACUUGACAGAGCCACAGAAGUUGGGUAGAAAGGUCGACUUCACAGAUAUUGGAUGUGGAUACGGUGGGCUAUCGA